AUGUCGCACGACAAGGACCAUCGUCGGUCUCCUUCUCCGACCGUUGAGAUUCCCCUCCAUACUCUCGAACCGAAUAGCAGUCCCUACCCGCAUUCGCACCCUGCCGAACACGGACACUCCAAGCAGAGCAAAAAACACUUGGCAGAUGACUGGGCCGAUACUAUUGAUCUUAUGCUCACGAAACUGGGCGUCGCCCUCACACCAAGCUUUCUACAGCAUCAUGUAGGCGGCCAGCCGUCUCCGCCCGCAAAGCAGCAUGCGAUCGCAGCGCUCGACGGCCUGCGCGGUUGGGCCUCGCUACUUGUUUUCAACUUCCAUUUCCUCUUUACCUAUACCUGGAAGGUCGCGGUCGGUUGGGGAUUCAAUGGCGAGAAUUAUGCGCUCUGGCAGCUACCCAUCCUCCACAUGGCUGUCUCGGGCCAUAUCAUGGUCGCAAUCUUCUUCGUUCUUUCUGGCUACGUGCUCUCCUAUAAACCAUUGAAGUUGAUCCGAAGUCGCUCGUGGGAGCAGACCUUCACUACGCUCGCAUCGUCUACUUUCCGUCGUGCGUUCCGGCUCUAUAUUCCCUCGUUCGUGGGCAUCACUCUGGUCAUGCUGGCCGUGCGCGCAGGCGUGUACGACUAUUCGCACCGAGUGAUCAACCAUGGCCACACUAUCCAAGGGACCAACGAACAACACCCACCCAUUUACAAGUACUUCUAUAAUCAAUACUGGGAUUACUACCUGACGCUGGCAAACCUCAUCGAUCCGUUUAACUGGUCCCUGUAUUACAACUACUACAACCCUCAUCUCUGGACCAUCCCUGUUGAGUUCCGCUGCUCAGUUGUUCUCUUUCUCACAAUUCUUGGUACUUCGCGCCUUCGCACAUCAAUGCGCAUGUCCAUGGUGGCUUGUUUACUAUGGUUUUGCAUGCGCUACGGCCGUUGGGACGUUGUGCUUUUCCUCUCCGGGAACCUGCUGGCAGAGAUUGACUUGAUCAACGGCACUUGGGAACAUCCAAGGUCACCGCUGUCAUCAUCUGCGAAGAUGGGCCCCGAAUGGCUACCCUUGCAGCUCCGUCCCUUAAGACGUAAUUUCUGGAUCACCGUCUUCGUCGCAGGCCUAUACUUUGGUUCCUGUCCCAACAUCGGUUUCAAAUGGACUCCCUUCUACAUGUGGCUUUGGGACCUCACCCCAAGAUAUUACCCAGAACCGCAUCGUUUCCCACAGACGAUCGGUGCUAUCUUGAUUGUUCUGGGAAUCAACCGCUCCCCCGACAUUCAGAAAUUCUUCAACCACCCUCUCUCACAGUAUCUAGGCAAGAUCUCCUUUGCGUUCUAUAUCGUGCAUGGGCCCAUUCUUCAUUCUCUUGGAUACUCACUCAUGCCCAACAUCUGGAGUGUUGUCGGCAAGGAGACGAAUUUCCAGUAUUGUUUUGGGUUCUUAGUUGGAUGGGUAAUCUGUCUUCCUUUGGCUAUCUGGUUGGGUGAUAUCUAUUGGCGCGCCGUUGAUAUCCCAAGUGUUAAAUUUGCCCGCUGGCUGGAAGAUAAGGUAAUCACAAAGCAUCCGGAGGGUCAGCGGGAUGGGCAUGUCCAUUAA